AAUAGGCGUGACUUCCGCGUUUCUCUUUCCCCCUUUACCUCCCCCAUGUUUUAUUUUCUAUUGAUUUAUUUCCUGAUUUCCGGCAGGAAUGGAGGCUGAUGGCGUUCGUGUGUGAUCGGGAGCGCGCAGAGAGGAGACGGGGUGAUGUCGGAAUAAUCACAUCUAGAUCAAAGAAAUAAAGAAGGAAAGACAUACACAAAAAAAACCCUCAAUUCCAGGCGGAGAGAGAGAGAGAGAGAGAGAGAGAGAGAGAGAGAGAGACAGACGCAGAUUUACUACACAAUAGAGAAAUGAUGAGGAAAGGAACAAUAGAGGAGCCGCAGAUCUGCGGAGGGUCUGCACUCUGAUCCGGAUUCUUCAUCUUCAUUCGAGUCUUAUUAUUCCAGAGGAAUCCGGAUUAAAUCCCCUGGGGGAGAGAGAGAGAGAGAGAGAGAGGGAGGGAGGGAGGGAGGGAGUGUGUUUCUCUAUAGGGUGUUACAUUAAGGCUGGGCUCCAGGAGAGAGAGAGAGAAAGAUAGAGAGAGAGAGAGAGAGAGAGAUGGUAUUAGAGAGAAUAGUUUGGGUCUCCGCAGUGUUAUUUACACCGCGUGCACGCGCAUGAGCCUGUUUUAUUGUAUUUAUUGUUAUUAUUUGCGUGCGCGUGUGUGUGUACACAUGUAAGUGUGAAGAGAAGGGACAAGAGAAAAAAAAGGAAGACGAGAGAAACAAGGAAGCGAUCCCUCCAUUCCUCUCUCCCUCUGAGCGCUGGACUCUGUUCUGCUGCACAAUUUACUUUUGUUUUUAUUCAUAUCUUUAUUGCUCGUUAUUAUUAUUUUUUUCCUGCAUCGACUAAUCAUUUCUAAUGCGCGCGCCGGGAGUAUGCGACUCGGCAUACCUGAUCUCAGAGUGUAGAGGUGAUGUCGGGCAGUAAGGCUCUGGGGGGGGCAAGGCGGCGCCGUACCCGUUGCCGGCGCUGUCAGGCCUGUAUGCGCUCCGAGUGUGGAGAGUGUCACUUCUGCAAGGACAUGAAGAAGUUCGGGGGACCGGGACGCAUGAAACAGUCUUGUCUGCUGAGACAGUGUACUGCUCCUGUGCUUCCUCACACGGCGGUGUGUUUUGCGUGUGGAGAAGCGGGGAAGGAGGACACUGUGGAGUCUGAGGAGGAGAAGUUCAGUCUCUCUCUGAUGGAGUGUACCAUCUGCAACGAGAUCAUCCAUCCCAGCUGUCUUAAGAUGGGUAAAGCAGAAGGAAUCAUUAAUGAUGAGAUACCGAACUGCUGGGAGUGUCCCAAAUGCCACAAAGAGGGUAAAACCAGUAAGGACGGAGAUGGGUUGGGGAAGCGGCGGUUGGAUAACGGAGAGGUGGGCCGGUGGAAGCUCACAGACGACCCGCCCCCAAGUAAAAAGAAACCUCCAUCUGCAGAGGAGACGCGGCAGGACGGACAGAAACGCAAGAAGGAGAAGGAGCUGUCUCAGGAGAGUGGGCCCAAGAAGAAGAUGAAAGGCGCUCGAGAAAAACACCUGAAAAAGAAGCAGAAACCUGACUCUUCUGAGACCAAUGGGCCAAACUCCUCCUCCGGCGGUCAAGGGUCAGCCGGUGUUGGAUCGGCGGUGCAACCUCCGUCUUCGACCUCCAACCAGGACCAGCGCUCUCACCACCGCGAGAAACUCGAGCGCUUCAAACGCAUGUGCCAGCUGCUGGAGCGCACCAGAGACUCCUCCUCCUCUUCCUCCUCUUCCUCCAGCUCUGAGUCAGACUCUGAUUCCGACUCCGAUUCUGACUCUGCAUCUCCAGGCGCCGCGUCUGAACCUUCGUCCCCGGCAACGGCGUACAACUCCCGAGAGAGAGAGCGGGAGAAGGAGCGUGAGCGGGAGAGGAACCGGCGUCUGGCUGAACUUGGUUUCAGCGCCAGCGACGAUUCGGAAGGCGAGAGGACAGGGAACGAGCAGGAACAGGAAGUUACAUCAGAGGAAACACCGCAGCAACAGCAGCAGCAGCGCAACCGGAAAUCUGACAACACUCCGAGGGGACGCAAAUCAGCCGCGGUGACCGAGACGGAGGACGAGGACAUCCCCGGGGAGAAAAACAGAAAACCUGGGCUGUUGACUCCGCCCUCUCCGUCAGCUAUCUGCUCCAGCCAGCAUCAGCCAUCCUUUUGCCACUCCCAUUCAGAGGGAGUGCCCAAACGCAGCAACGGGCAAGAAGUGUCGCGGAAUGGGCGCGCGCGCAUGGAGAAAGAGAACGCCAAGAGCAACAGUGGAGGCACUAACGCUAAUCAUCGACACCAGACUAAUAAAACGGGACGAGCCGGGAAAAUGCGGAGCGGGUCAAAGCAGACGACGGCGACCCAGAUGACAGGAAGUGGGACAACUAACGGAGGAAACGGAGGCGUCCAAUUGCCCAGUCCGGCUUCUCGCAUCGCAGCCCAGCUGACGUUAAUUUCUCCACCCAAAGCGGUGCAGAUGGAGAGGCACCUGGUGCGCCCCCCGCCCGCCUGCCCCGAGCCUCAUUGCCUCCCCCUGGACAGCGGGGCAUCUCACGUCCUGCCCCGAGACGUCUGGCUCCGAGUGUUCCAGCACCUCAGCCACAAACAGCUGUGUGUCUGCAUGAGGGUCUGCAGGACAUGGAGCCGCUGGUGCUGUGAUAAGAGACUAUGGACUCAGAUUGACCUCAGCCGUCAAAGAUCCAUCACCCCCCCAAUGCUGAGUGGUAUAAUCCGCCGCCAGCCUGUCUCCCUCAACCUGGGCUAUACCAAUAUCUCCAAAAAACAGCUCAUGUGGCUCAUCAACCGCUUACAAGGUACUGUCCCUCUGCUUUCUCUUUCUCUCUCUCUCUCUGUGUGUCUCUUUCUGUGUGUCUGGCUGGCUGUCUCUCUGCUCUCUCUCUUGUCCAUGAGCAGUGUGGUGCGGUAUAAAGGGGCCAUGUGCAGUGCGGUGUGGUAUAAAGGGGCCAUGUGCGGUGCGGUGUGGUGUGGUAUAAAGGGGCCAUGUGCGGUGCGGGCCAUGUGCGGUGCGUGUGGUGUGGUGUGGUAUAAAGGCCAGUGCAGUGCGGUGUGGUGUGGUAUAAAGGGCCAGGUGCAGUGCGGUGUGGUGCGGGGCCAGGUGCGGUGCGGUGUGGUGUGGUAUAAAGGGGCCAGGUGCGGUGCGGUGUGGUGUGGUAUAAAGGGGCCAUGCGGUGCGGUGUGGUGUGGUAUAAAGGGGCCAUGUGCAGUGCGGUAUAAAGGGGCCAUGCCAUGUGCAGUGCGGUGUGGUGGUGGUAUAAAGGGCCAUGUGCAGUGCGGUGGGGUGCGGUAUAAAGGGGCCAUGUGCGGUGUGGUGUGGUAUAAAGGGGCCAUGUGCGGUGCGGUGUGGUGUGGUAUAAAGGGGCCAUGUGCGGCCAUGUGCGGUGUGGUGCGGUAUAAAGGGCCAGGUGCGGUGCGGUGGUGGUGGUAUAAAGGGCCAUGCGGUGCGGUGUGGUGGUAUAAAGGCCAUGCGGUGCGGUGGUGUGGUAUAAAGGCCAUGUGCGGUGUGGUGCGGUAUAAAGGGGCCAUGUGCGGUGCGGUGUGGUGCGGUAUAAAGGGGCCAUGUGCGGUGCGGUGCGGUAUAAAGGGGCCGUAUAAAGGGGCCAUGUGCGGUGCGCUCACAUCCCCUGUAUCUCCUCUGAGAGAGAGUCUCACACACGUCAACCUCGCAGGCUGCGUGAAGGUGACGGAGCAGUGUUUGCCGCUGCUGAGGCGGUGUGUGUCGCUGCAGAGCGUAGGUCUGCGCUCCUGCGGGCUUCUCCCCCCCGAAACAGACGACAGACUACUGCUGAAGAACAGUUAGACCCUCCAGCACACACACUGCAGCCUACAGCAUGCCGCCAAAUCGGACACAGCCCACGGACCCAACCACACACUCUGAACCGGGGGCGGGGAAUCAGGUUAUUGGGGUACGAGGAGGGGGUGUGGGUGGGGAAACGACCAAUCAAAUAAACCUUUCUCUUGCUGCAGUUGUUAGUGAAAUUGGACUUAUGGACAAACUAGCAUGUACAUAUUCAGUAUCGGGUGUGUGUGUGUGUGUGUGUGUGUGUGUGUGUGUGUGUGUGUGUGUGAGAGAAAGAGAGAAAGUUACUGUAAAAUAAACCAGUUUUCUGCUCAGCA